UCCAGUCUCUUGGUCUGAAAGUGAUCAGCUUAAUUUUAGUAAACCUUGUUGUGAUUAUGUGAUAGAACAUUAGUGUUUUAUUUUUGUAAAAAUUUAUGUAUUGUUGUAGUUGCAAUGACAACUGUAUCUACCACCAAAACAAAUCAACCUUCGAGUCCGAGAGAGUUUUUUAAGAAACUCUAUGGAGAUUUAGAGAAAAAUGACUUGGAAAAGUCUUCAGAAAAGUCUGAAAAAAGUAUAGACGAAAAAAAUGACCUGGGAUGUCCAGGGAAUCACGGGAAUGGUUCUAAAAGUACUAGGGAAGAGUUGGUGGUUCCUGUACCGAUUCUGGCAACUUCUUUCCCGUUUUUGUUGCCUCCUGAGUCGCAUCUAGCAGCUGCGGCGGCGGGACUUUCAGCUUUCUUAGCCAGACGUCGUAGGAAAGAAGGUAGACCCAGACGUCAAAGAACAACUUUCAGUUCAGAACAAACCUUGAGACUGGAGAUCGAAUAUCAGAGAUCAGAAUACAUCAGUAGGGGUAGAAGAUGUGAGCUCGCUGACGAGUUACGUCUCUCCGAGACUCAGAUCAAAAUUUGGUUCCAAAACAGACGAGCCAAAGACAAACGUAUAGAAAAAGCUCAUAUGGAUCACCAUUACAGGAAACUAAUGGGUUCAUUUCAAUCAACCCUGUGCCAAAUAUGCUCAGAAGGACCUUGUUAUCAUUUGCCUUCUAUAAUGAGCCGUGAAAUUUCUUCUCAAAAUCCUACAGAGUCAGAAGCAGUUAUUUUUAAUAGUUUAGAAAAUAAAGAUGAUCACGUUGUAUCAUAAACUUGAGAGUCAAGAGUUAUUGACUUGGUUUAGAGAGUUGGUAUCAACAUCAUAACAAUAUACAAGUUGUUUUAAGUGAAAGAAGCCAUAAGAAUACCAUGUUCUUUAGUUGUUACUCGAAAAAAAUAUUGUUCUCUAUUUCAAACUAUGGUUUUAAAAUGUUGGACAGGAAAAACUGUAAAAAUAUCUUAAUAAUAAGACCUGGUUGCCAAUUAAGUAUCGAUUUUUGGAUAUAAAGAGUGCUUAAGAAACAUAAAGACAGAUAAAAACUACUUCAAAAUGUUCCAUUUGAAGUAGCUGAGAAAAAAUGCAUCUAGUUUUGACUCACCCUGUAUGUAGAGUGAUAUUUAAAUCAUACAUAGUAUCAUGAACUUUGUGAAGAAUACUGUACUGUGACUGUUAAUAUACAGACUAUAUAAUAUUUUCAGUUAAAAAAAAAUAAUUAAUUUUAUGGUAUUAGAAUUUUGAAAUUUUAAAAAUUGAAGAAAAUUUUAACAAAAAGUGAUUAUUCGAAAAUGCCUCGGUAUAAAGUUUAUGAUAAUACGGUAUUUUUAGAAGAAAAAAUUCCUGACAUUGAAUAAAAAAUAUACAGCUGUAUAUUUAAAAAAGCUGCAAGAUAAGUUUAAAUAACCUUGUAUAUUAAAAAAAAAUCUUUUUAAAAUUUUGUUUUGGCGAAAUCAACUUAUUCCAAGCUACCAUAGCUUCACUUAGAGACUUUAUAUCAAAUUAAUAUUGAUUUAAUCAGUCUCUAUAAAACAUAUUUCACUGUAUAAACCUUGUACUGUGGUAAUAUUGUCUGUAAUCUUUGUAUAUAUUAUGUUUUUCUUUUCAUUUCCAUUGAUUUUAUU